ACAGGUGGUACCCGUACCACUGGUUGAAAAGCUCUGUACUAGUAUUCCUAAAUUUAUUUUGUUGCGCCAGGCCAAAUCUUCCCAAUCCUAUAGCUAUGUAUUAAACUUUUUCUAGCUGAAUGAAAGUUCUUACAUUUGUCAUUUUUCAACAUCAGCCUUUUGUAUUUGGGCUAUUUUGAAGGUAAUUUGAAUUAUGAUUAAUUUCUAAAGUUAUUAGCCAGUCCCACUGGCUUAGUAGCAUCUGAAAAUGUAAUAAGCUUUCCUUCCAUUUUCUCCUCUAAGUGUCUUAUUAAAAUGUUUAAUAGCAUUGAGCUGAGAAUUGAGUCCCAGAAUACCCCAUUUUAUAUUUUCUCCCAGAAUAAUUUAAAUCCAUUUAUGAACAUUCUGUGGAUGUAUCUGUCAACCAACAAAUCCAUUUGACUGUACAAGUAGUCCUGAACGUACGACCACAAUUGAGUUCAAAAUUUCUGUUGUUAAGUGAGUUUUGCUCUACUUUACAACCUUCCUUGCCACAAUUGUUAAGUGAAUCACUGCAGUUAUUAAAUUGGUAACAUGGUUGUUGAAUGAAUCAUACUUCCCUGUUCAUUUUGCUUGUCAGAAGGUCACAAAAGAUGAUCACCUGAUCCCAGGACAUUGCAACAACAUGCCAGUUGCCAAGAGUCCGAAUUUGGAGCAUGUUACCAUAGGAGUCCUGAAAAAUGGUCAUAAAUCAGUGCCAUUGUAACUUCCAGUGUCUUUUUUUACUUCGAACAGUUACUAAACGAACUGUUGUAAGUCAAGGUUGUCAUGCUGGCUAUGUAUAAUCUGUCUCUAGAAGGAAUUGGUCGCCAAGGUUAUUUCCGAUGGAAAGAAGACAUUUGUGCUUUUAUUGAAAAACACUGGAGUUAUCUACUAGGAAACAGAAAGAAGACAUCUACAUGGUGGAGCACUGUUGCUGGUUGCCUUUCUGUGGGAAGCCCUCUGUAUUUUCGCUCAGGGGCUCAGGAAUUUGGAGAACCAGGAUGGUGGAAACUUGUUCACAAUAGGCCACCUAUGAUGAAGCCUGAAGGAGAGAAACUUUCUGUUUCUUCCCUAAAAGCAAAAGGUUCAAAACUGUCUGUAGAUCCAAUCAUUACAGUAGAGGGGCUUAGAAAGCGAGUGAGCCGCAAUCCAGUAGAAUCUGCUAUGGAGCUGAAGGAGAAACGGUCUCGCACUCAAGAAGCCAAAGAAAUCAGGAGAGCCCAAAAAGAAGCAGCUGGCUUCUUGGACAGGAGUACAUCCUCUACACCGAUCAAAUUCACCAGUCGAAACAGGCAUUCAGACAUUAUGCUUGAAAAGGGGGAGGUGAUUGACUUUUCCUCCCUCAGUUCUUCCGAUCAAACACCUUUGACCAGCCCAUCUCCUUCUCCCUCUCUGGAUUUUUCUGCUCCUGGAACUCCAGCGUCACAUUCAGCUACACCUAGCCUGCUUUCAGAAGCUGAUCUUAUUCCAGAUAUAAUGCCACCCCAGGCUCUUUUUCAUGAUGAUGAAGAGUUGGAAGGUAUGAUAGACCCAGGAAUAGAAUAUAUUCCUCCAUCUGAUGCAUCAGGGGGAAUGAUCCAAAAGAAAAUGAAGCUGUCUGAUCAGAUUAAACAAGAGCUGAUGUGUGAAGAAGGAAGAGCAGACAGGCUAGUCAAUGAUGUGGAAAAUCAUAGUAGUACACAUGGCUUCCUUCAAGACCAAGGUUCAGAGAAGCAGAAGACCCAACUGGCUCAUAAGGAUUCUCAGUCUAAAUACACUUCUAUUGGUAUCUAUGAAGAAAAACUUCUUUUGAGGAACUUGGAGGCCUAUCCAAAUGCAACAGACAUGACUCCUGAGGCUCGGAGGCUGAGGCGCAAGCUGAUAGUCCGAAAGACAAAACGAGAGAAUGGUCUUCCCCUUUUUAACUUGGAUGAUAUUGUGAAUUCUGCUCUUAUCUUGGUCGAUCAGUUUUAUGGAACUAAGGAAAGAAAUGCUUCCUAUGUCCCAGCAGAUUAUGCAGUAUACAAAACUUCUUGCCAGGCUUUCCGAAUCUUGGAUCGAUAUCAGACUAAGGUUUCUGCUGUGAAAGAGUUCCAACAUAGAACGACAACAUUUUGGUGCCGACUUGUAGGCUCUGAAGAUACGACUGAUCAUAGCAUUAUCAGUCCCUAUACUUCUCGUGUUUUGAAACCUUAUAUCAGACGUGAUUAUGAGAAUAGGCCCCCAAAACUUCAGCUGCUGAUGGAAAUACGAGCUCAUUAUCAUAAGAACGAUCCAAGCUGGACUGCUGAACCAGAAGCCCCGAUUGAUUAUUGCUAUGUGCGCCCCAAUCACAUCCCGACCAUUAAUUCAUUGUGCCACGAGUUCUUCUGGCCAGGGAUUGAUCUGUCAGAAUGCCUGCAGUAUCCAGAUUUCAGUGUUGUCGUUCUUUACAAAAAAGUUAUAGUUGCUUUUGGUUUUAUGGUGCCAGAUGUCAAAUAUAAUGAAGCGUAUAUCUCUUUCCUUUUUGUUCAUCCUGAGUGGAGACGAUCAGGGAUUGCAACUUUUAUGAUAUAUCAUCUUAUUCAGACUUGCAUGGGAAAAGAUGCAACUCUCCAUGUCUCUGCUAGUAAUUCUGCAAUGCUGUUAUAUCAGAAAUUUGGAUUUAAAACUGAGGAAUAUAUUUUAGAUUUUUAUGACAAAUAUUACCCUUUGGAUAGUAAGGAAUGCAAACAUGCCUUCUUCCUGAGGUUGCGACGAUAAUACAUUGGCUUAGUAGAUAAGUUUGUAGAAAACCUGCCAUUAAAGAAAAACUUGGCCUAGAAUGCUGCUUAGUACUCUGUUUUAUUCAUUGGUGAUAAGCUGGAUACCAGCUAUUCAGCUUUUCUGAGAAGGGCGAUUCUUUGACAUUUCUGAGAUGAAUUCUUUACAAGAAAAAUCCAUUAAAAAUAAAAAUUCAAUUUAUUGUAAAGGUGAAAUUCGUGCUGAUUGUUGGUGGAGAAGUGCUUUGGUCUUUUUGUUACCUUUUUGGCUUGUUGAUUGUCUAUUUUGCAUAAUAUAUAGAUAUUCUGUCUAUGUGACUUGUGAUGGCUAAUUUAUCAGAAUGCCAAGCUUCUAAAAAUUCCCUAGCAUUUUUGGACUUGUGUUAGAACCCAGUUGUUGGGAGGGGGAUUAUUUCUUUAUUCUUGCAGGUUCUGUCAGUAUCCUGGGGGGAAGGGAGAGUUAUGGGCACUACAAUGUAUCCUCUCUGCUUUCCUCUAUCCUGAUCUAUUUCCCUUGCUGCCAGACUUAGGGUGAGAAUGGAAUGUGCCUCCAGCCAUCUGCCUUAUCUCUAGCUGCGGAAGAAGAGGCACGAAGACAUAACUGUCUAACAACCUUGGAAAUGGCACCUUAUCAGCCCCGUUCCCACAGCAGAUUCAUAGCUGGGAAUUGGGCCGUUUGAACUGGCUGGACUGACUAUUGGGGUGGGGUUUGCAAGUACUCUUUUAAUCUAUUGAUUCACGUGGGAAACUCUCAGAUUCUGCCUUUUAUGCCUGCUGUCAACUUCACCUAAUAAAAAUUCCUUUUGGAAUGAAGCUGUUCCAGGAGUUCUGCUUUCAUGGGAAGAGGGAUUGAGGCAGGUCCUUACUUUAGGCAGGAUCUGCAAUUUUGGUCAGUCCAGAAGGAAGACCCUCACCGUGGAGACCAUGCAAACAAUGUCAAACCAUGGCACAGAGAAAGAAGAAGGCAACUUAGGCGGGGAAGCUCCCCCCCCCCGGCAAGUGGCAGCAGUUAACACUCCUCCAGUUCCUCCGAUGAAGCCGUAGCCACCAAGCGCCAGGAUAAGCCAAGGUGGACCAUGGGUGUUGGGAAGAAAAAAGACUGGGAGGUGAAAUCCCGAAAGGUGACCAUUGAACGGGGCAGCCACCAGCUGGGGUAGAAAGCAGGAGAUAGAGAGAUCGCUCCAGCUUAGUGAGGAAGA